CCUUUGGAGGACUCAAUGGGCAAUGUUCUCUCUGUUGUCUGUACAGCGGAGUUACCCAAACCCAGCGUCACAAGCAACAACUCCCUCCCCGAGGAGCACAAGGACCCUGUCGUGUUAACGUGUGAACCUCAGACUCAUGACACCACCUACCUGUGGUUGAUCAACAGUCAGAGUAUCAUGAACAGUGCCAGGCUACAGCUGUCCAAGGACAACAGGACUCUCACUUUACUCCCUGUCACAAGGAAUGACACAGGACCCUAUGAGUGUGAAACCCGGAACCCCGUGAGUGCCGGCCGCAGUGACCCAUUCACCCUGAAUGUUGUCUAUGGCCCGGACGCCCCAACCAUUUCCCCCUCAGACUCCCAUUACCUACGUGGGACAC